AUGUCAAACGAAUCACUUGAUGCAAGAACUAUAGCCAUACUUACUGAGCAUUUUGGAUAUUCUCCAGUGACAAUUAUAAACGAUGUUAUCAAUGCAGUGAAUCAAAUUAUGUAUCGAGGAACCAAAGCUUUUGAACGAUAUCUUUUCAGUAGGAAACAGGCAGCUUUAGAGAAACAACGACAGGAAGAUGAUUCUGGAAAGAAUCCGCAAAGAGUAAAUGUGUUUAGGGAAGUUCUGGACGAUGAUAUUAGACUCGGUACUGCCAAAUUGGAGAAGUUGCUUGAAAGUCAAGUUGAUUUGAAUUUUGAUAAAUUUGAACUUUAUACACUUAGAAACAUAUUUAAUAUUCCUCGUGAGUUGGUCGAUGGAGGAUGGGUGAGGUUGAAGCAUCAUGAAGGUGUUGAAUUUGGCUCUGAAAUAGCUAGCAGGAAACCAGAGCUUCACUCACAAUUAGUAGAAUUGAAGGAACAAAUUGAAUUUGAAGCACAUAUUCAAACGGCGUUAAAGUUACAGUUGAUAAAAGCAACAAAGAUAGUUGAAACAAUGCGAUUACUAAAGUCGAAUUUACGAUUCUUGGCUACAACAAAGUUACCAGAUGAUAAUGAAGAAGUAAUUAUUGCUAAAGAAAAACUUGCAAGCUUAAGUCCAAUUGAUGAAACCUUACAUUAUUUGAUUAAACAAGUGAAGAUACUAAAUAUAGAAAUGGAAAAUGUUUCCAAGAGAAUAACGUAUAAUUUACAUCAUAAGAAGUUUUUGCCGGAUGAAAGAGAUAUAAUUCAAGAUGGACGAGUAAUUCAAAUUCUUACUAAAGUUGGUAUUCGCGAUUAUUCAUCGAAGAAUCAAAGCACAACCAGCCAUGAUCCAAAAGUGAUUUUGCAAGAUCUGCAACUAGAUUUCCCGAUGGAUUUCAACCAAGUAUCCAAUCUGGAUGCUGUACGGCGAAUACUUGAGGAAAUGGAAUUAAGUCAAGAAGUAAGUCGAAACUAG